UAAUUGCACGGCUGCAUGAAUGAACGUACAGGUAUAUGCAAUUAAUUUUUAGUUCAACGAUAUUUUGUAUGAAUUAAGAAAAAGAAUGGCUUUGCAAAGUUACACAAAGAUAGCGAUUGGAUGGUAGGUUAAUUAAAUGUGCACGCAGUCGCUAUUUUCAGAUUCUCUUCUUAAUGGUUAACGUCUUACAUAAAAGAAUUUGAUAGGCUGCAGCUAUUGUUAUCGGAGUAUGUGCUUUUUCGACAGCGAAAAGACGGAUACAUGAUAGACGAUAUGAGAAUAUGAGAUCAAGACAGCGCAUACGUGAUUCUAAUAUUAUAGAAUAAAAUUAUAUGUUUGGUAACAUAUAUGUGUAUAUAUAAAUAUAUAUAUAUAUAUACAUACAUAUUAUAAAAUAAGAAACAAUUCAACUACAAAAUGGCUGGGUUACCUCAAUUCAGUGAAGAACAAUUAAAAUUAGUGAGAGAUAUAGAAAUUGAAAUGAUGACUGAUAUGUUUCACCGUAUGACAUCUGCAUGUCACAGAAAGUGUAUUCCACCAAAAUAUACUACCGCAGAAUUAAGCAAGGGAGAAUCUGUAUGUCUAGAUCGUUGUAUUGCUAAAUAUUUAGAUGUUCAAGAACGCAUUGGGAAAAAACUCCAGCAAAUUUCUUUACAAGAAGAAAGUUUCGCAAAGGGUAAAGCUGUAGAACAACCAAAAAUGAAUUAAGAAUACUAUUUUGUUAGGGAAACUUUAUGUAUAUUAUGCAUUUAAUAGUUUUUUCUUCCGAUGACCUGUAAGCAUCUAUCACUUAAAUAGUGGUAUAAUUUAUAUUUACAAAGUGGUUAUUUCUGUAGUUUACAGAAUGAAACUUAGAAUAAAUUAUUAUAAAACCUUUAUUUUGCAUUUAAUUGAAUGACUUAAAUGCAGCACUGUUUUUGCAUUACUGUGUAAUAGUUUAUUAUUUUAGGCCAGUGUCCUCGUAACUAUAAUUUUAUUUAAUUUUUAUUAUAAGCGAUAUCUUUUUCUUGUAAAUGAAAUUGUAAUAGUGGGAAGUGUGAUAAACAUAAUAUAUUGUGUAACCUUACAUGAUAAAAGGAAUUUUUGCAAUAGUAUGUAAUUCUCAAGUAGAAAAAUGUAUUUUAUUGUAAUACACAAUUAUAAGUAGAAAAAAUAACAAUAGAAAGAAAAAUUAUACACACAUUUAAGUAUCGCGUGUUACUAUCGAAAUUACGAUACUUCAUAAAAAAUGUAUUCAUUACACUUUCUUCUCAACCAUGAUUUUUGUGCAAGAAAGUUCAAUUUCGUUAGAUUUUCUUCAUUUCGUUGUCCAAAUUGCUAUCACAUGCGCGAAACACUUUAAAUUUAAUAAACAAGUUGCCAUUAA